UAUUCCAAAAGUAAUCACGUGUCUUUUGAAAAGCCACGUGGAUUAACAAAGCAGGUUUGCCCCCCUGCUAGCCCAUGGCUUUAGAUUUUUACUAUUUCUUUAACUGAUCCUAAAUGCACACAUUUACCAAAUGCACGGCUCUAAUCCCAUGGAAUAAUUUACGCCAUGAAUGCCACAGUCCCCUGGAUGAUCCCUUUAUAAGGACAAGCUUUCCCAUCAAACCUCAGUCUGCUUCAUCUCCUGCCAGAGCGACACAUCUACCCAUCGUCCAGCUGAACUGAUUUUUCAAGAAAUUUGUCAGAAAUUCAUCCAUGGCAUCUAAAAUGAAAGACAGAAAGAGAACUCCCAUUUCUCACAAAGUCAUCGAGAAACGAAGACGGGACCGCAUUAACCGCUGCCUUAACGAAUUAGGAAAAACUGUACCAAUGGCGCUGGCAAAACAGAACUCUGGAAAACUGGAGAAGGCUGAGAUCCUGGAGAUGACAGUUCAAUACUUGCGCGCGCUCCACUCAGCGGAUUUCCCCCGGGGGAGAGAAAAGGGUGAACUUUUGGCCGAGUUUGCAAACUACUUCCACUACGGAUACCACGAGUGUAUGAAGAACCUGGUGCAUUACCUAACCACAGAGGACAGAGCUGAAUCCAAAGACAUCAAGUACGCGCGGAUCCUUGCCUUUUUACAGUCUAAGUCCCGCGCGGUCACAGAGCCCGUGUUCGGCUCCGUGGGCUCGAUGCCGGAACCGUGUGACUUCCUCGGUCAGCUGCACUCCUCUCCGGAGCACCAAAGCCACAGCCCCUCGGAGUCCGUGUACCAGCAGAGUCCAGCGGGACACUUCUCAUGGCACGGCUCAGCGCGGAGCCCGGGCAUCUCGUAUCCAGCAGUGCCGCUCUCUGCGCACACACAGCAGCACGCGGGAUACUUGUCACCCGUGCAGGGACUCGAUCACCACUAUUUCAACUUCAUCGGUCACACGCACGCCAACACGUUCAGUCUGCACAGUGCGCAGCACGCCAUGUAAAGAUAUACCUGUUUUAUGGAUGUUUUUAUUUAUAUAUUUGUGAAUGAUGGAAAGAGCACCUGUACAGUUUGUAAAUAAAUAUUUCUGACGACA